AAGGAACACUAAUUUCCAUUCCUCUUUGUAAAAAAAUAAAAUAAAACAGUUUUAAAACAGUUUCCUAAUGAACACAUCCCUGCUGGGCGUGCGAUUCUUCUUCAGGCACAGUCGAGGGAAGAUGUGUUUCAUAAACACAGGACCAGGGAAAAUGGCAUCGCAGAGAAAACACAGGUUAAACGCUCCCCAACCCCUGGCUCCAGCAGCCUGCCUCUGUGUCCUCCUCCUAGUCCUAACUGUGACAGCCAUGGGCAGUCAUAUACCUAGUACCAGUCUGCUGUGUAACUUCUGCCCACUACAGCACAAAGGAAGGUCCUGCAGUAACGAUUCCACCACUGAGUGUCUCCCGCAAGAGCGCUGUGGUACUAGCAGUGGGCGUUUCGGUUCCACUCACAUCCUGUCUGCACAGGGCUGCUUGACCCCUGACCUCUGUAACUCCACCCAUGCCGUGACCUACCGAGGGGUCAGCUAUAAUGUGACAUACAGGUGUUGCUGUAGUGACAAGUGUAACCAGCCUCCAGCCCCUGACACCUACAUUAAGAGUCUGUUAGGAGUGACGUUGGGGCACAGUGAGAAGCCUCCUCCUUCCGCGACGGACCCUCUGCAUAGUUGCCCUGGAGAUGAGGAUGUGGCGGAGGAUGACGACGUGGCUCCGCUACACGGAGAAAACGACAUGAAUUCCAUCUAUAAAGUCCUCUCAGAUCUCCAGGAGUGGCUAAAGAGUAGUGGCUAGGGGUCCGUCUGGAAUUCAGCCAUACUUGUCACUGGGGGAUGGGCCUGUCCCCCUGUUAGCCACAGUCCCUGUCCCCCUGGUAGCCACAGUCCCUGUCCCCCACCCUCAUGCAAGGGAUUGGCCUGUUAGCCACAGUCCCUGUCCCCCUGUUAGCCACAGUCCCUGUCCCCCACCCUCAUGCAAAGGAUGGGCCUGUUAGCCACAGUCCCUGUCCCCCACCCUCAUGCAAGGGAUUGGCCUGUUAGCCACAGUCCCUGUCCCCCUGUUAGCCACAGUCCCUGUCCCCCUGUUAGCCACAGUCCCUGUCCCCCUGUUAGCCACAGUCCCUGCCCCCUGUUAGCCACAGUCCCUGUCCCCCACCAUCAUGCAAGGGAUUGGCCUGUUAGCCACAGUCCCUGUCCCCCACCAUCAUGCAAGGGAUUGGCCUGUUAGCCACAGUCCCUGUCCCCCACCAUCAUGCAAGGGAUUGGCCUGUUAGCCACAGUCCCUGUCCCCACCAUCAUGCAAGGGAU